AUUAUAGCAUUUGAUGAGCUGAAGACUGAUUACAAGAAUCCUAUAGACCAGUGUAAUACCCUGAAUCCUCUGGUCCUCCCUGAGUACCUCAUCCACGCCUUCUUCUGUGUCAUGUUCCUCUGUGCGGCAGAGUGGCUCACGCUGGGUCUCAACAUGCCCCUCCUGGCCUACCAUAUUUGGAGGUACAUGAGCAGGCCUGUGAUGAGCGGCCCCGGGCUCUACGACCCCACCACCAUCAUGAACGCAGACAUCCUCGCCUACUGUCAGAAGGAAGGGUGGUGCAAACUGGCUUUUUACCUCCUAGCGUUUUUUUACUACCUAUAUGGCAUGAUCUAUGUUCUGGUGAGCUCGUAGAACAACACACGGAAGAGUUGGUCUGGUCAAGUGCAUGCAGAAGCCACCACACAAAGGGAUUCUGUCCAGCAAGACCCUGUGUCCAAGAGUAGCCUAUGGAAUCUGAUCAGUUACUUUCAAAAAUGACUCCUUAUUUUUUAAAUGUUUCCACAUUUUUUGCUUGUGGAAAGACUGUUUUCAUAUGUUAUACUUGGAUAAAGAAUUUAAGUGGAAUUACGUAUAAAUUAAUAUAAAAUGAUUACCUCUGGUGUUAACCGGUGGAACUUGCACUCCUUAAGGAACAGCCAUAAUCCUUUGAACGAGCGCAUUAAUUCUUGACCGUCCUUAGUCCAUGGGAAGCUUUGGUUUAUGGGCACCUGUAGGGCUCAUUUUGGUUUAUUUUUGGGGGGUACCUGGAAUUGAAUUGAGGACCUCAUGCUUGCCAAGCAGGCGCUGCACCACUGAACUACAUCCCCGGCCCCAUUCUGGUUUAUGGAGAUACCAUCUUAGUAUAAAUUAGCUGUAGAUAAUCAGGUGCUUCUGAUGAAGUGAAAAUGUAUAUCUGACUCAUAGGAAACUUGAUAUGUUUCCUCACUUAUCAUGUAGAUGAUUAUAUCUGGAUAUAUUUACAAAAAUAAGAGUGGGAUCUUCCCCCUUUUAACUUGAAUAUUAUUCCUGUGUAGUGCAUGAAUGAGAUUUCCCUUGUUUCCAUCAGAGUAAUAUACUUGCUUUAAUUCUUAAGCAUAAGUGAACAUGAUAUAAAAAUAUAAGCUGACUUGUGAAGAAUGCAUUUAAAGCUAUUUUAAAUGUGUUUUUAUUUGUAAGACAUUACUUAUUAAGAAUCUGGUUAUAUUAUGCAUACUGUUCGAAUCUGGUGGGAAAGGUAUUCCUAAGACUUUGCAAGUACCUUAGAUUUCAGCACUGAAUGAGAGAAAAUUGCUGUUCCUUUAGUGCAAUACAAUAAAACUCUGAGAUUAAGACUCAUUUUGCAUUGGCUGAAAGAUUACAUGUAGCUGUAUCUCACACUGGUCUAAUCCCCAAUAAAGACAUGGUACUGCGUGUUUUUUUUUAAGAGAAUUAUUACGUUGUGGUCUUAUCGUGCCUAGAUGAAAACAGGAAUUUUAAAUGCCAAGCACCUUACCCUCUGUCACUGGAGAAGACUGGUAACUGUCGAUGGCACAGCGCCAUUAUUUCUCUUACCAGUUAAAAAACAUGGUGGCACGUACAAUGUUUUAUAUUUUGUUUUCCUCUUUGACAGCUGGUUUUAAGGUAAAGUGACAAGUAAAUUUAAGUUUUCACUCGUGCUAGUGAGGUGGGCGCAUUAGGGCGUGCAUGUUUGCUAGGCAUGCUGUGCUUUCUUAGGAGUGAGGGAGUCAAGGUCACUGACAGUAGCGUGAGUGGUUCAGAAGUUUCUUAAGCAGAGGAUCAAAGAAGGACAAUGUAUGCACGUUCCCAUAAUGACCAAGGGAAUUUGUGGAUGUGCUGUGGAAGUCUUAUUUAGGAGUAAUAGUUGUUAUUUUAUUCUUUACAAGUGGAAAAUGCUUUGAAAUGAGACUCCCGCACCUUCGGGAGAGGAGCUAUUCCUGCUGUGGGAUCGGGAGCCUGGGGUGAGUGCUUUGAAGAAGAGGGUGUUGAGCCAGGAGAGGGAGGAGAGUCGAACCAUUUCAUUACAAGGGGCUCGAAAGACCUUGUCCUUUGGAGUGGAGAACGGUGAGGGACCUGAUUGUCCCGCAGCUUGUGCAGUAAAUUAUUUCCUGAGCACUUGCGAGGCGUGCACGUCAUGCUUUGGGUUCACUCAGCUCUAAUGCGUCCCGUUGUAAUUGCAGCUGCUCCCAUUUCUGUUCUCAUUCACAGGUAAUUUUGGUCCUGAGAGACCUGACCUUACCUGCAGCCCACGUUGGUUUCCUGGGCCUGCUGUUUUAAUAAUCCUGUCAGAGCAUUAUCAUGCAUACCUGCUUUAUUAGCAAGUGGUAGUGUGCUGUCUUAAGUCAGCACACGUCCUUUUCAUCUGUUCUAGAAUCUUCUCCAGGGUUAAUUCAAAGUUUAACGGUUUGGAGCCACAUUCUCAUGCUUCUGCAGUUAAUCCCUAGCUGAUUGCUCAGUGCCUCAGUGAUCCUGAUGGGUUCACCAUCUCACUGCUUGGCUGUCAGCUCCUGGCUGUGACAGGGUCAGAAGAUUGGAGAACCCGGAUGCUCUCAUACUGGGUCUGCCCACUCUUGCUUUUCAGUGUUCUGUGAAAUUAGACCGCUUACUGGAAGAAAGCAGAAACAGAACACUCGCAUCAGACCCUGUCUCACUGGCUCUUUUCUUCGCCCUGAAUUUAAUUUGUUCCUCACGUGAAUCUGUCUGGGAUGGCGCUGGCCUGCCUUUUGUUAGCCCUGCAGGUUUGGUCGAGGUGCAGUUACCUGGGUUUCUAGUCUUUCCCAGCUUAUGUAGGCGCUCACAGUGCAGCGACCGCUGUAUGUAAGCGCCUCGUCCUUGUUACGGCAAUGUCAGCACUCCAGCUGAGCCCUCCAGCUCCCAGGAGCAGUUUCCCUCACUGGUGCCUGUCUUCCUGCACCUAGUGUCACACGCUAGUUGUAUCUGUAGCAACAACUCUUUGUUGCUGUGGAUCCUAGAUUCCCCUGAAUUUUGAUCAUUGUAUAAUAACUGUAGUCUGUCUAGCAGUUACUCUGGAGUAAGAAGUCCUGUUAGUUCUGAGGAGAUAGAUGUAGGCAUAGAAGCUAUUGAAUACCCGUAUGUUAAUGUUAAUGGAUGACAUUUGAUGGUUGUUUAGAAUCUGGUUUUAACAUAAAGGGAAGUGUAGGAGGUACCCAGAUAAUCCACUUUGGACAUGUUUGUGUAUCAGUAAAGCAUUUGUGAAGCUUUGCCUAUUAAACCAUGAACUUGGAGACGUACUAAGUCAGUCAGGGUCAGACACCCGGAUCGUGGUUGCUCAGGCAGCACAGUACAUGGUGGCUGGUGGCCUGUGACUUGCUGAAAGCCUGUGCAGUGUUUCUCAGCUUGAGCGCCAUGCAUGCUGAGAGCUGACAUGGGGCUCUUCGCUCCCUAAGCAGCAAAUAUUUUGAAAGUCUGAUAUUGCGUAGAAAGGAAGUAUAGCUGUGUGUGCUUUGAAACUGGCAAAAGUUUCCUUUAUCUAACAUUUUGCCUCCAUAGGGUUCAGAGAAUAUUAUUGUCACAGAGCAAUUGAUGACUUUAAGUAUCUUUCUACCCUCUUGGGUGAGCUUGCAUUUUAGGUGUGGAUGUAUCGUAGCCCUGUGCUGUAUCAGGCCCACAUCAUGAUCUGUACUAAAAGGUGAACAUCCACAAAAGUGCAUCUAAUCCAUUGUAUAAUUGGAAAUCAAAAACUUUGAUGACAAAAAUAUUCUCAAGCAAUGCUCAUUUUAGAAGGGGAAGAAAAAUAUUGGUAACUCUGGAGGCUGAGGCAGGAGGAUCUCUAUGAGUUCAAGGCCAGCCUGGGCUACAUAAGCAAGUUCAAGGCCAGCCUGAACUACAUAGUGAGACCCUACCUCACCGCCCCCUCCCUCAAAAUUGAUGAUCCUAUCUAGUAUUGUUAUGAAAGCACUCACGUUCACACUUUUUGGAAACUAUUGUUAGUCUCAAGCAAUUUCAAGCUCUUUGCUCAAUCCAGUCAUUGAUCUGCAGUUAGACAGCUCUGGUACUAGCAAUAGAGUUUAGGAGGUGGCUCUCUGCUAAUAUUCCAGAGUGGUUCUAUUUCUGAAUACGUUGACUAGCUGUCUUAUAACAGUUUUCCUUUGACUAAAAUUCAGAGCUCUAAAAGAAGUAAAUAACUGCUAUUUGUUUUGCUUAUUGUAGAAAAUAGUUUUACCAUUUUAAGACGACUGGUAGGAUUGGAGUGAGGGUUUUGUUCUGCAUUAAUUUAAUGCAUGUGGUAGAAGAUGUAGCAACCAUCUUGACAUGCAAAAGAAUGAAUCGCUUCCCAUAUAUGUUAGUUUUAUUGUACAGUGCUUUCUCUAAAUAUAUGCAUUUCUUUGGUUGUCACGUUUAUGUAUUCCGGAGCAGACAGACUUAAGUGGGUUGAUGACUAGCUAAACCCUACAGCUCCUAAGAGAAACAUAAAAUGUAGUUAGUACCUGUGCUCUUGGUUUGUUAAAAUCUAAGCUUGAUGGUGCUGUACCACGGUCCAAAGAAAAUACCUUUAAGUAGCCUACCUUACUCCUUAGAGCUUGCUUAUUUUGCUUUUGUAUAUUUAAUAAAAACAGUCUCAACUA